CAACAUACCGCACUGGGCAAUGUCCGGAGCUUCAACUCCGCCUCGUUAAAUGAUUAUGAGGCUGGGUUUCGAGAGAGCAACAUCUAGGCAAUUAUGUACGAGUUCAUAAUUUGUAUAAGAUCUAUCACCUGCUCGCACCAGCGCUGUGUUUUUUGUUCCGCUCUAUUCGUAGCGCCACUCAACUGAUUGCCAUGCCUUUACUUCGCAAAGCCUGCGAGUACGACAUCAUGGCCCUAUUACUGUGCUAUAUCUUCGCGACUAGCUUAGUCACUCCAGCUACAAUGGCCUCCCAUGGCCCACCGCAAUUUAUCCAAGCGGAAGAGUCCAGAAUAUACUCUCCAAUCCGCGAUGCGUGGGCUUAACCUUUGUUCCUUAGAGCAUCGUGAAAUUAACUUCAAAUGCGUAGCAGAUGACAUUGUCUAACCAAUUUCGCUUUGAUCGCAGCCUAAUUGGAGCCUCCAUAAUCCCCGACGUUCUCGAUGACUUCGAACCAACAUUCUCGCUUCUCAUAAGCUACCCGUCAACACACACAACAAUAGCCCUGGGCAGCUAUAUUUCGCCUAGCGCCGUCCGCUCACAACCUGUCUUCGAAUUCCACCCCUUCCUCAUCCCUCUAAGUUCAAAUACAAAUCCAAACCCAUCUCCCCAUCCAACGCCAGCAUCCAAGCCCCACCGCUCCGAAAAGUCUUACAGCAUAAUUCUCACAGAUCCUGAUGCAAAGAGCCGCAAGCAUCCCAUCUGGAGCGAAAUGUGCCAUUGGAUCGUGAGCAAUAUAUCAAUCCCCUGGCCCGUUAGCCUUCAACAACAGGACGCCAACAAUCCCAGCGUCACAUCCCCUUCGUACAACCUCAUCCCGCGGGUUCUGAAAUCCUACUUACCCCCCUCACCCCCGUCAGGCACUGAAUAUCAUCGGUAUGUCUUCGUGCUGCUGGAGGGUGACGCGGCGACGGCAUACAAUAUAACUGCUCCAAGGAAGCGGAAACAUUGGGGAUAUGGAGGGGUGAGGCGAGGUGUGCGUGAUUGGGCGAAAGAGUAUGGACUGGAGGUUGUGGGGGCUAGUUUCUUCUACGCCAAGGCGGCCCAGGGGGAUGAAUUGACGAUUGACUGAUGAUAACGUAUAUAUCGGAAGAAACAUUAUAUUUUGUUUGGCAUUGGUUUCGCCUUGUUAUUUUUUGGCUCCCUUGAGAUUGUGUCUAGACUUUUGGCCAAUUAUUGUGAAAUGGAAAUUUUUGGAAGUGGGAUUAACUUUUGAUUUGCCCGGUGUGAAGAGAAGCGAGUACAGGGAUGCUCGCACGUGUUGUACAGAGCGAAUUUAUCGAAAAAAGAAUAUUACCGGCAGGAAUAGCUUUUCAAAUAAUCGUGCUGGUACAUUUGCUUGCUAUAUAGCUGGAUCAACUAACUAAACGACGCACGCCAAAGUUGGACCCAGCGCACUCCCAGCAGACUAAAUGUAGUUGAAAUCGCAAGAGCUACUAGUCUAAGGUCAAAAAGAGGCCAUUUUCGCGAGUGACUGCUAAAGAAAGAAAUGAAAUGUAAAACCGAAUGCAAAAUGAAAUGGCAACAUAAUUGAGGGUGAUGUGAGGAAUAGGUUGGUGGUUUGCAGAAAGUAAACUAUGCCGCAGUGCGGUCUUUCUACCUGGCAUGGAAUGAGCA